AUGAUAUGAGAUGUAGGGCAGGAACAGAGGGAUGGGACCAUAGUGUUUGGAGAAAAAGAAAAGAAAAGAAAAGAAAAAAAGGAAAAGAGAAUCAAUAGAGAGGGUGACUACUAUAUUAUAACCAUUAACCACCAAUAUCAUCGUGCUUUGCAGUUGAAAACUGUCAUCAAUCUUUGGAAGCCUAAAAAUCUCAUCCAUCUCCAUAAUUCAUUAUUAUAUUUAAUGACAGAAUCCCAUACAAACAAAUCAUGAUCCCACAUUUCAUUUCAGCCUAAAAAAUGAAAAAGAUUUAAUCUUUUUUCUCUCUGUUCUUCAUUCUUCUCUUUUCUGGGCUUCCUUUUUGGCAGCAAUAUUUGGAGGCUGUCCCGAGAUGGAGUAUCAACCUAAGGGCAAGUUCCAUAUGAAACUAGAGGUCUUUGAGGUUGCACUUUGGGAUUCAACUUGAUGUACUUCUACAAUUGAGUUAAGGAGAAAAAUGAUGCAAGGGGAUUUCGAUCUGUUUCCAUUACGAAGACCUACAGAUUCGAUCAAACAUGUUCUAAAGCAGACAAUGGUUAAUCAGGACGUUAUGUUUAAGAAUCAGGUCCAUGAACUCCACCGGCUGUACCGAGUUCAAGAAUCACUGAUGACGGGUGUUGAUUGGGAAGAGUGCGAUUACAACUUAUGGAAAACAAAACUUCAGUCAUCUCUUCUUCCUCUUACAAAUCCUACAGUACAUGAAUCGCCGGCAAAGCUACCUAGACUCUCCUUAAAUUGCAAGGUGAGCUCAUUGCCAUUUGUAGACCAAGAUUGCAGGCCACUUGAACUUCAAUUAUCUGCUGAUGAAUUCAUUAACCGCAUUGAGGAAGAUUUUCGAAGGAAAAGGAAUGCUCGGAAUUCUUUUAGUAGCCCUAUAGACUUAACUAUUCCUUUUUCUGAAGGUAACUGUUCAGAUGCAGAGAACUUGAAGCUUUCACUUACACUUGGAGGGGAUAAUAAAAGAAUGAGAGGUGCAAUAAGGACUUGUUUUGCUAAAAAAAAUUAUUAUUGCUCUCAAAAUGUGAUUGAUUUGGAAGAAGCAGACGAGAGUGUGUCAGAUGGUUAUCCAAAAUGCAGCACUUCUUUUAAAUUGAAGCAUGAGAUGCAAGAUCCUGCCUCCUGCGAUUUAAUCAUCUUAGCAAGUGUAAAGAAAGAUCUAUCUCAUGAAAUUGUAGAGAGCAACUCUUCUCAAGAACAUAGUGAAUGCUGUCAAGAGCAGAUCUCUAUCAGUGAAGGAUUUAGAGUUUCCCCUGAUGAUUCUCCAUCUGAUGACCUAUCUUCUAAAAUGCAACAUCGAGGGCUAUUAGACCUCAACAAAGUUCUCUUCGACAACUCUUCUUGUUGCUCAGAUGAUAAUAUGCUUACCGAACCUUCAAGACCAAGCUCAGAAGGUAGUUCUGAUGGAUUUACCGGUGGCGUGCAGGAUGGAAAUUUCCCAGACAUGUUUAAGCGAAAAGAAGAUAGUAAAUGCCUAAAUGAAGCAUCUGAAAUCGUCAAACAAGAUAAUCUUGCUCUUGUGGAUUUAAACGAAAAAUUCACAAGCACAGACAUUUGGACCGGCGAUUACGAUUUUAUUUGUAGGAAAGCAAACCUUGAAAUUCCAGAGUCCACGAUCAGUCCCUUAACAGUCGUCUCUGAAGACCUUGGUUGCUGCAGUGGUGAUGACAGGAAUGGCAGUGUUGCGGUGAAGUCUAAACUUUCGUAUAUCGAAGUAAGUCGAGAUACACAUGAAGCUGCAAACCCGAAAUCUCCUGCUUCAUGCAGGUCAUACAGAAUUUCUGAUAAUGAUUUGAGCACUGCAAGGACAACGAAUUGUGGCAUUGCAUCCGCCACCUUGAAUAAGGAUUCAAACACCCGGUUAGGAUCUCAGGAUGCUAAUAUUCCAACAGGGGAGCAUGAGCAAAGAAAUUCUGACAGCAGUAACUCGAAAAAUGACUGCUGCAACAUAGAAGAAGAAGCAGCUGAAUUGCUCAUUCAUAUAUACUCGAAGCAUUCAGCUCGCGAUCAAGAUUCUUCCGCGAAAGAGAUUAGAAACGAGAGAGAGGUGAAACCGCUGUGUUCUUUUGAUUCGUUCGAGUUGAAUGCUAUAAAUCUAACAGAAACCAAUAUGGAUGACAAUGCUGUUUCGUCGAAGCAGUUUGAAAUAACCGAAAUGGAGGCAAAGGAGUUUGGAAUGAAGCUGAGACGAGGAAGAAGACUGAAAGAUUUCCAGAAGGAGAUAAUGCCAAAUAUGGCAUCUCUAUCUAGACAUGAAAUUCAAGAAGAUAUAAACAUUAUGCAGGGAGUCUUAAGAUCAAGAGAGUAUCGAAAAAUGAGAGCCAAGACUGCAAAUAACUGCUCACCACCACUAAGAAGUAGAAGAUCACGAGCUGCAAGAAAAAAAAUUGCAUGAGAAUUUAGUUAGAAGCUGACUAUAGCAAUUUAAUUAGAAUUAAAAUCCAUUGAAUAUUAAUUGUUUGGCCUUUGGUUUGUAUUAUAAAUAUGUUUAUUUUUUAAACUCUACUUUUUCUUUA